AUGGCAUCACUGGCUGCGUCAUACAUUGAAAAAGUGAAGUUGUACGAUGGGAACCUGAUCAAAUUGGUGACUUUUGGUCAGCCAAGAACUGGCGAUGAUGUCUUUGCAAAAGCACAUGAUGCUCAGAUUCCAUAUUCAUUUCGUAUCGUUCAUGGUCACGACAAUAUUCCACACAACCCGCUUAACGGAUUCCGCCAUUACAGGCAUCACAAAUCAGAGGUACGUCACUUCUUCAAACUUUUCUUCUGA